CUUUGUCUACUUGUAUAUCAACUAUAACAAAAUGUAAUAAUUCUGCGAAAAAUUCUCCAACCGAAAGAAUGAUUGCAGAUAAAAAUCAGGACUUUCUUCAGCCACUUGUAAUAUCACAAUCAAAAGAUAAAAACAAUACACCUAAGUGUUUUUCUGUGAAAAGGGCUUUAUUUGAAACUCAUGAGACAUUUAAUCAUGUAAGUGCUGAUUCUUCAAACAAAAAACAUUAUUCCAUACAAAAUUCACCAGCUGGGAAAAUAGGUGCAAAAGAUAUUGAUCAAGAUUUUGGUCAGCCACUGUCCCAAUCAUAUUAUAAUAAAAACAAUUAUUCUAAGUUUUCUUUGGAGAAAGCUUCAUUUGAAACUAAUGAAUUUAACCAAGAAAAUGCUGAGUCUUCAAAUUCAAGACAUUCCAUUUUGAACUCUCCUAUUGGAAAAAUAGUAGUUGAAGAUAAUGACCAGAACUUUUCUUCUUCACAUUCAAAUUCGUUAUCAAAUAAUAAAAACUAUAAACUUAUGUUUUCUUCUGCGAAAAGGACUAUAUUUGAUACAAUUGAAACUGAUGAGAUAUUUAACCAAGGUAAAUUUAGUAAGCAGGUUAUUGUAAAUAUAGAUGUUGUAAUUGGUAGAUGUAUAAUAAUUGUAUUAUAA